AUGGUUUGUAGAUGUUGGAGUAGAAGAAUUCAGCUGCAUGAUGAAGAAACAACUUUCAGCAAAGUAAAGAAUAAUAGGCAUAAGCCAAAGUCCUUUGCAGAAGCCAUCUUUUCAUUGCAAAAUUCUCCAAGAACUAGAGGUGAUUUUAGCAGUUAUCAAGUUUCCUUUCAAGGGUUCUCUCCUUCUCGUGUCUCUCAUCAGAUGUGCAUAAAUGACAAGAGAGAUUAUCCCUUGCCUUUGCCUUUGCCAAUGAGCUCACCUGAGCCAUCAAUGAUAUCUAUUGGUUGCUCAUCUUUCUCUUCUGUUUCUGAUGAUGAUGUUGAUGAGCAUCUUGGUCAGAAUGUGUUUUCUUCUUACAGAACACAUGAAGAGAGCGGACCUAAUACCUGGUCAAGAAAUUCUUAUGCAGCAUCAAGAACUUCAACACCAUGUGCAUCAUCCCCUAAGAAUCUGAUCUUGUGUGACAUAAGUUUCGAGUUCCAGACUGAAGGCAAUGAACAUUCUAAUCACCCAAUCCAUCCUCUUCCUUGUCCACCAACCUCUCCCACAAAACCUUUAGGACUUCUCAAGUCAACGUGGAUUAAGGGAAAGCUUUUGGGAAGGGGGACAUUUGGACAUGUUUAUGCCGGGUUCAACAGUGAAAAUGGCAAGAUGUGUGCCAUAAAGGAAGUCAGGUUGAUUUCCGAUGAUCAGACAUCAAGAGAAUGUCUCAGGCAACUAAAUCAGGAGAUAGAAGUUCUUAGCCAGCUCUCACAUCCAAAUAUUGUUCAAUAUUACGGAAGUCAGCUAGCAGGAGAUAAAUUGUCAGUAUAUUUGGAGAGUGUCUCAGGAGGAUCAAUGCUCAAACUACUUCAGGAUUAUGGACCGUUUGGUGAAAAAGUUAUACAAAGUUACACAAGGAAAAUUCUGUGCGGCCUAGUAUACUUGCAUGACAGAAAUGUAGUACAUAGGGAUAUAAAAGGGGCAAAUAUCCUUGUAAAUCCUAAAGGGGAAGUCAAGCUCACCGACUUUGGAAUGGCUAAACAUAUAGAUUCAUGCUCAUCUAUGCUUUCUUUCAAAGGAAGUCCAUACUGGACAGCCCCAGAGGUAAUAAUGGACACUGGAGUUUACAGCCUUGCUGUUGAUAUCUGGAGCCUUGGUUGUGUUGUUCUUGAGAUGGCAACAUCCAAACCUCCAUGGAGCCAAUAUGAAGGGAUAUCUGCAAUAUUUAGAAUAGCAAAUGAUCUCGAGGUUCCUGAAAUCCCUAACAACCUCUCAGAAGAAGCAAAAAGUUUUGUCAAAGUUUGCCUCCAAAGAAACCCUUCUGUACGUCCUACAGCAGCCCAAUUGCUGCAUCAUCCCUUCAUCCAAGGAAGACAAGAAAACAGAAUUUCAAAGGACAAAUGCUGUUGA